GAAAACUAACACUACAUUAUUGCCAAGUAAAAAGGCUAGAAGGUGAAUAUUCUUCCAAAACUAACACUACUUUAUUGCCAAGUAAAGAUGCUAGAAGGCGAAUAUUUUUCCAAAACUAACACAACGCUAUUGAAAUGCUAGAAGACAACAUUUUUACAGUGACCCUUAUGUAAACUGAAUAUAUAUAGAAAAGUACAGGAGGCUAUAAAUCCUGUAACUUGUAUGCUUAAAGAAACAUUACAGAAUGAAGACUAAGAUUUGUAUAAAGGAAAGUUGGGGCAACAGUUCACAAUAAUGUUAUCAUCUAAAGAGCAGAAAAUCAUUGUGGUGCCAAAAAGGUCAGGUCGACCCAAGAGCAGGAAAAUCAAAAUCACUGUGGUGCCAAGAAGACCAGAUGGCUGGUAUUUUUAGAAAUGUGUUACGGGGAGUUGUGGGGUACAUUUGUGUAUAAAAUGUAUGUGAAACUGACAAUCGAGGUUCAAUUCUGCAGAGUUGAUCCGGCUUUGUGCACCUGUGCAGUAAAGUCUAACUUUUCUGAAGAGCUUGCUGCUGUGGUGUCUUUUCCCUCGUUAAGUAGUUUUCUACAAAUUAAUGAUUGGACUUUGAAUUCUGUCGGUUCCUAGACGCGACACAAGGUCAGUUAACGUUCACUUUUAGCUUUCAAUUUUCCAGCUGAUGGUAUAACUUCGUAUCUUUUUUUUUUGUUUUUUUUUUUUGAACGAAGUGCAGUCAAAAUUCACAAAAUCCCUACGAUCUCCCCAGUCUCUGAAUAUUCUUAAAUUGAAACUUGCUGUAUGAUCAAGCCACCAUUCUAACUUUCAGUUUUCCGAGAAAUUAUGAUUUAAUUCUUCUGCCCUCUGGCGGGUGUCUACUGGUAGCCUAAUAGUCGGUAGGAGAUCUCACAUACUGUAGCCUACAUACAAUAAAUGGACGACAAAGCCAGCUCUUGCAGGUGAGAAUUGACAAUGGCAUCCCAAGACGCGCUUCCCAAAGUGAAAAGAGAACGUCUUGAAAGCCAGGAUGAAGACCUGGCCACAGGUGGAGACAGAGAGGAGACAGAGGCAAAGAGUGCAAAGGGUGAAGACCUGGCCACAGGUGAAGACAGAGAGAAGACAGAGGCAAAGAGUGCAAAGCAGGCUGAAGACCUGGCCACAGGUGGAGACAGAGAGGAGACAGAGGAAAAGAGUGCAAAGCAGGCUGAAGACCUGGCCACAGGUGGAGACAGAGAGGAGACAGAGGAAAAGAGUGCAAAGCAGGAUGAAGACCUGGCCACAGGUGGAGACAGAGAGGAGACAGAGGCAAAGAGUGCAAAGCAGGCUGAAGACCUGGCCACAGGUGGAGACAGAGAGGAGACAGAGGAAAAGAGUGCAAAGCAGGCUGAAGACCUGGCCACAGGUGGAGACAGAGAGGAGACAGAGGAAAAGAGUGCAAAGCAGGCUGAAGACCUGGCCACAGGUGGAGACAGAGAGGAGACAGAGGAAAAGAGUGCAAAGCAGGCUGAAGACCUGGCCACAGGUGGAGACAGAGAGGAGACAGAGGAAAAGAGUGCAAAGCAGGCUGAAGACCUGGCCACAGGUGGAGACAGAGAGGAGACAGAGGAAAAGAGUGCAAAGCAGGCUGAAGACCUGGCCACAGGUGGAGACAGAGAGGAGACAGAGGAAAAGAGUGCAAAGCAGGAUGAAGACCUGGCCACAGGUGGAGACAGAGAGGAGACAGAGGCAAAGAGUGCAAAGCAGGGUGAAGACCUGGCCACAGGUGAAGAGAGAGAGAAGACAGAGGCAAAGAAUGCAAAGGCAAGAUUAAGAUUUGACUUUCUUAGAGCAGAGAUGCUGUGGAAAUUUAAUUUGUCACUGCAGUUAUAUACACCCUGGACAG